UGUGGCAACCCCUCAAGAAAAGCUCAUGGGAGAUCUCAAAAACACCUGUUGAAUCUGGAACAAGCUGCAAUUGAAGAAAUGUUUGCAGACAUCCAGCCUGAGUGCUACGACAAUGGAGGAUGUAGUGGUGCAUCACAAUCCAGUACAAUGGAUAAGUCGGAGUGUUGCGACAUGUAUGAAGAAGGAUCCUACAUGGAGUGGGCAGGAAAAGAAGCAAUUUGUAACGAGUGCUCGGAUUCAUACUAAACUAUCCUCAGAACUCAAUAGAGUAGCUGCUAUUGUUUGGUAGUUAGAUGCAGGAUUGUUGCAUGUAUAUAGCUAAUUAAUAUUAUAUUUGUUGCACAG